AUGCCAAGACGAAGGGAGCUGCAGGCCGAGGAGUUCGAGGCGGGCGAGAGGCUGGCCAACGAGCAGACGUGGUGCGCGCCGGUGCCGCGCGAGAGGCAGGUGAGGACGGUGCGGAGGUUCUACCGGGCGUUCCACGACGCAGGCACGCUGCCGAUCGCGACCUGCACGCUAUGCUACCGGAAGCGGGCCAAGGGGCGCGAGGGGGCGUCGCCGGCCAUGCACCUCCACGGGCGGCUCGGCUGCGAGCACGCGUACCCCGACGAGCUGAAGGACCUUACGCCGCUCGAGGAGAAGCUCAUCUCACUCAACUCGUGCUACGGCUUCGUGACGAAGUACAGCAUCCCGGGCGGUCAGAGGCAGAGCGUGAGGUACCCGAGGCACGUCAAGGGCCACAUUACCGUGUUCCCAAACGACGUGCAGGGCCUAGCCGCUAACGUGCUGCCACACCCGCUGCUCCGGGUCAUGGACGAGAUCCACGUCUCGUGGCAGGGCGCCGAGAGACCUGGGCCGCGGGACCUAUCGGGCCUGCUGUCGGUAAGGCGGUCGGCGGUCGAGAGGGCGCUGGCCUGGCUUAAAGAGAACAAUCCGCUCUACGGCGAGGUCGAGAUCGACACGGCGGAGAUGGCGAGCUGGGGGGCGCCGCCGCACGGGGUGCCGCCGGUGGUGUGCGAGCGGCUAGAGCGAAACGAGCCGUCGGCGCGGGAGAGGACGCGGACGGCGCAGGUAGUGCCACCGUCGGAGCGGGCCAUGGACGAAGGGGGAGCGGCCGAGAUCGAGGAGAUCCUCGCGAUGCUAAGGCAGGGGCGGGACCCCGCCGAGGGGAGCCGCGACGUCGGGGUCACGUGCGAGGACGACUUACACGACGACAGGGACGGCGCUAGGCCUGAAGAGGACGGGGGCGUAAUCAACGAGGUGACGUCUUCCGGCAUGUUCCCGUUGGACGGGGCGCCGGAUGUGGCAGACGCCGAGAAGAUUUGCUUCGCCCGCGACGCCGUCGGGCCCGAGGGAGCGCGCGCCGGCCCGAGGACGUGGGUAGGGACCGCGGCCCGAGGGGCGGCGGGCGAUGGCGGCGACGGCGAGCCGUACAUACAGGUGCGGCGCGGCGAUGAUUUCGCCGACUCGGCGGACGCCUCGUUCUUCGCAAAGGCCUUUCCGACCCUGUUCCUUUGGCUUGGGCGGGCCGAGGGUACGCAGGCGGAGCGGGUCGCGGAGGGCCUUAUGUCGACGCGGAACAUGAAGCUCCAAGCAUGGGCCGACGUCGUGCUGCGGCGCCACGGCGGCCGGUUCGCGACGCACCCUAUCUUCGCCUUUCUUGUCUUUAACAUGGGCGUGCGAUCUAGGAACCGCCAGGCUAGCAUGCUAGGCGCGGCGAGGGUCGAGGCGGCGAGGGUCGAGCUCGAGGCCACGGGCAAGACUAGCGACGACGGGGUAAAGGAGCUCAUCCGGUCCCUAUCCGUGUUCGGCUACCGGCAGCCGAUGUCGAGGGAGAGCCGGCUUAGUAUGCGGAAGAAGAUACUCUCCCUCAUCAUAAGGCACGGGGUGCCGGCCAUCUGGUUCACGCUGAACCCGAACGACAUUACAAACCUGGUAAAGUUGCGGCUAGCGGCACACCGCGGCCGCGACCCGGACGAGGCCGAGGCCUUCCUAAGAGACCUGGGGACCGCGUAUAAGCGGACGCGGCUGGCCAUAUCGGACCCGAUGAGCUCGGCCAUCUUCUUUCACCGGGAGAUGACGCUCUUCUUCGAGCACUACGUCAACGUCGGGGAGGAGUCGGUGUUCGGGCACGUCGGCGCGUACUACGGGGCGGUCGAGACCAACGAGCGAGGCGCUCUCCACAUCCACGGGCUCCUCUGGCUAAGGGGCAACGCGGGCCUUGGCGAGGCGCUCGGCGGCUCCGAUACGGAGGAGCAGGCGGCGUACCGGGAGCGCAUCGUCCGCUACGUAGAUAGCGUCUUCUCCGAGGAGCUAGACGCAGAAGGUUACUGCGCCGUGCAAGCGGAGCGGUCGGCCACGGCGGACAUAUCGUCGCGGCUCGACGACGUCGCGCGCUUCACGGACACCUUCGACGAGGAGGCCAACUUCUGCGCGGGCGCGACGCAGAUCCACACGCAUAGCGCGACCUGCGUAAAAUACUCGCUCGGCGCGAGGGCGCGGACGGGGGACCUCUGCCGGUUCAAGGCGCCGUGGAGGCUGGUGGAGAGGACGGCGCUGACGGCGGACGGGGUGCUCGAGAUCCGGCGGACGCAUAGCAUGGUGAACCGGUGGAACCGGGCGAUGGCAGUAGGACUACGGCACAACCACGACAUCUCGUUCAUCGCGACGCAGCGCAAGACCAUGGCCCUAAUCUACUACAUUACCAACUAUGCGACGAAGGGCAACGGAAGUGGCGCCGACCGCGACGCCGGCCGAGGGGGCGGGGCCGAAGGGGUGGCGACGGCGGCGGACCCCAUAGGGGGGAACAAGACGAGAACGUUCCUGCUCAAGGCGGCGAACCGAGUAUUUACGGAGCGGCCGCUGUCGCAGGUCGAGGUGAUCGCGCACCUCCUAGGGUACCCGGCAGAAUUUAGCAGCGGCUCGGCGUGGGCGUACGUGAACGCGAACCAGCUCUACUGGGCCGUCUUCCGCCGGUGGCGGCACCUCCGACGGGCGAGCGGCGCGGAGGCGACGGGCGACGCGCCGGACGAGACGGCGCUUAGGCGGCCGGGUAGCGGGGCGACCGUAUGCCUCGACGGAUACCUCAGCAAGGAGUUUAGCGAGGGAGACGACGAGUCGUGCCACCGAAGGGCGGCGGUACAGCACCUGGCCCUAUUCGUGCCGUGGGAGUCCUUCCUCGGCGAGGAGGCAGGCGACAUCAACGACAUCUGGGCGCGCGCGCGGGGCUCCUCCGGCGGUCGGCGGAGGACGCGAAGCGCGACGCCAGCAGUGGCCGCCACGGCCGAGGAGGGCGGUAUGACGGCGCCGCAGGCCGGCGACGAAGGAAGGGGGGCGGCCGAGGGGGGCGAGGAGGCGUACCGCGCCGGCGGGGCGGGCGACGCGGCGCGGCUCAUCGACGUCGUCCGGAACGCCGCCGGCGCGGGACAAGUCACGGCGCAGUCAACGGAGCUGCUAGCGAUGACGCAGCAGCUCUGCCGGUUCCAGCAGUCGGCGCUCGGGUCGGCGGCCGAGCUCGCGGCGACGGUAGUGGCGGAGGAGAGGGCAGGCAGGCGGCAGAGGAGCGCGGCGCGGGAGCGGGAGCGAGCCAUCCAGGGCAUCCAGGGCGGCGGGGCGGCGGCGGGUGUCGGGGCCGACCGCGGCGCGGCUCUUCGCGGGGUGAUGGGGGGCUUCGGCGAGGACCACAUGGACGUAACGGCGGCCGACGGCGACGUAGACGCUGGCACGGCGGCGGGGAUGCGCCUCACGCUCAACGAGAAGCAGGCCAUCGCCCUCGUAAUCGUGUGUCGGCAGCUCGACCGAAUCCGGCAGGGCGACGAAGCAGGCGGCGACGGCAGCGCUCAGCUCUGCCUGUUCAUCGGCGGCGAGGGCGGCACCGGCAAGUCGCGCGUCAUUGAGGCGCUCGUCGAGCUGCUCGCCCGGAGGGACCUAUCGAGCCGGCUGCUGGUUACGGCGACGUCGGGGACGGCGGCAGCACGGAUCAACGGCAUCACACUACACUCGGCCUGCGGCCUUACGGUCGGUCAGGGCGGCCAGGCGGGAGGGGCGACGAGGGACGUAGACGGCGUACGGCUGCCGGGCCAGGGCGAGCGCUUCGUCGACGGCCGGUCGCGGAUGGACUGGCAGGAGAAGGAGGUGUUGGUGAUCGACGAGGUCAGCAUGCUCGGGGCGCGGACGCUGCACGCCGCCAACGAGCAGCUGUGCAGGCUGCGGGGGUCGGCGCGAGACUUCGGCGGCAUCCCGGUGGUGAUCUUCUGCGGCGACUUCCACCAGUUCCGGCCGGUGCAGGAGCGGUCGAUCCUGCUGCCGAGCGCGGCGGUGGCGUGGGACGAGGACGGGGCGUUCGCGGCCGAGCAGCGGCGGCAGCACGACAAGGCGCACGCGCUGUGGCGGCGGUUCACGACGGUCGUCAUGCUACAGUCGGACGAGCAGAUGCGGGCCGCCGGCGACCCGGAGCUGCGGCGGCUGCUCGGGCGCAUCCGCCGGGGGGAGCAGGACCGGUCGGACCUAGAGCUGCUCAACUCGAGCGCGACGCCGGUCCCGGCCGUCUUCGUCUUCGUGCCCGGCAUGCCGGUCGUCGUGAACCAGAACACGCACCAGGGGCUGAAGCUAGUGAACGGCGCCGGGUACACGGCGGUAGACGUCAUCCCCGACCGGGCCUUCCCCGGCCACCGGGUGUCGGCGGAGCUGACGAUGCACUUCGGUCCGCCGGCGGGCAUCGUGCUGGCCUCGGAGACGACCAGGGGCUUCCACUUCGUCGGGAUGCCGGCCGGGACGAUCCUGCUGACGCCCAUCAGCGUCAAGAUCACGGCGCAGCGGAAGCGGCCGUGGCAGCGCAACGACGUCAGCCGGAGGGGCCUGCGCGCGGCCUUCGCCUGCACAGACUAUAAGGUGCAGGGCGGGACGCUGGAGCGCGUGGCGCUGGAGCUGCGGGGGGCGAGGAUGACGACGGUCGAGGGGCGGGCGGUGCCGUCGCCGUGCGACCCGUACAGCCUGUACGUGCAGCUGUCGCGGUGCCCGACGCUCGACGGCAUCAUGCUCGUAUCGGAGGUGCGGGAGCGGGACCCAGUGGGGAACCGGGUGCCCGAGGAGAUGACGGCAGCGCAGGCCCGGCUAGAGGAGCUUAGCAGGCAGACGACGCGGGAGGCGGCCGACUGGCUCAGCGGGUAA